AUGGGUCGCCGAAAGAAGGCAAAUAAGCCGCCACCAAAGCGCAAGGCAAUAAUGCCACUGGACACACUGUUUAACUGUCCAUUUUGUAACCACGAGAAGUCUUGUGAAGUAAAAUUAGACCGUGAGCGAAACACGGGUGUCAUCACCUGCAACGUUUGCUUGGAAGAUUUUCAAACCAACAUAAACUACCUUUCAGAAGCAGUGGAUGUCUACAGUGAGUGGAUUGAUGCCUGCGAGGCAGCCAACCAGUAG